AUGGCUUCUGCACCAGAUCACAAAGCAGCAGCGGAUCACAUCUCAGAUGAUGCGAUCCCAGUCACGCAUUCCCCUGGACAUGGCGCAUCGAGUUCGAAGCUUGAGCCACCGCCACUGGUGGCAGCGAUGACACAAGAGUACCGUAUGCAGGCCGAAGCUACGCUUAGGAACAAAAUCGAUACUCGAUUACUUCCUAUGAUCAUACUUAUGUAUAUCAUGAAUUAUCUUGACAGAAAUAACAUCGCUGCUGUAAGGCUUGCUGGACUGCAAGACGAACUCGACCUUUCGAGCGUACAAUACCAGACAACUGUGUCCAUCCUCUUUGUAGGAUACAUUCUGAUGCAGAUCCCCUCCAACCUCUUCUUGAAUAAGACGGGCCGGCCCGCAAUAUAUUUACCAACCUGCAUGAUUAUUUGGGGAAUCAUCUCUGGAGCUACAGGCGCGUGUCAGAACUUCGGAGGCCUUGUAGCCUGUCGCUUCUUCUUGGGCUUUAUAGAAGCGGCAUACUUCCCGGGAUGUCUUUUCUAUCUCUCUUCUUGGUAUACGCGGAAAGAAUUGGGGUUCCGCACCGCAGUGCUUUACUCGGGCUCCCUUAUUUCAGGAGCAUUUGGCGGCCUUGUCACAGCGGGCAUCACCAGUAACAUGGAUAACAUUCAUGGCUUGAGGGCCUGGCGCUGGGUCUUUAUCCUCGAGGGUAUAAUCACCGUCAUCAUAGCUGUCAGCGCAUUCUGGGUCCUCCCCAACUUUCCCCGAACCACAACCUGGCUCAGUGAAGAAGAGAGACAACUUGCAGCCUACCGUUUGAUUGAAGACGUUGGUGAGGAUGACUGGCAAUCAUCCGAAGACCAGAGCUUCUUCAAUGGCCUCAAACUGGCUCUCCUCGACAUCAAAACAUGGGUACUGACUAUCCUGCUUCUAUCAAUCGUCUCAUCUGCCUCCGUUACCAACUUCUUUCCAUCUGUUGUUAAAACACUCGGAUAUGGGAACAUCGAGACCUUGCUCCUUACCGCUCCACCGUAUGCGUUGGCAGUCAUCACGACGUAUCUUAACGCGUGGCAUGCCGAUCGUACGGGAGAGCGAUUCUUCCAUAUCACGAUCCCUCUCUGCGUGGGAGUCGCCGCCUUCAUCCUUGCUGCGGCCACAAAGUCUACUGCACCUCGUUAUGUGGCCAUGAUGUUGAUGGUUCCAGGGGUCUAUACUGGAUACGUCGUUGCAUUGGCUUGGAUAUCCAAUUCACUUCCUCGCCCAGCUGCGAAACGUGCUGCUGCCUUGGCGUUCAUAAACGCCAUAUCGAAUACUAGUUCCAUCUAUGCGAGUUACAUGUACCCGCAACCCAAGAAGGGACAGCCCGAUCUGACUAUCCCAUUGAGCGUGGACUGCGCGACAGCGGCACUCGCAAUCAUCAUGACAGCCAUUAUGAGGAUCAUAUUGACAAGGCUGAACAAGAAAUUGGAUAAGGGCGAGCACGUAGAAGGAGCUAUUAAUGCUGUUCCUGGUGUGGCGCAGGACCACGGCUUUAGGUUCUUGGUAUGA